GAUCAGAACAUACCGUUCGGGGGAUUGAAGCAUAUACGCAUACAUAUACAUAUACAUAUCCAUUGAAAUGGCAGCCAUGUUCAUGGCCAAAACCACCAUGUUGAACCUCUCGAAAGCUUUCCCUCGAGCAACUUCGCUUCCUCUAAGAUCAUCGCGCAAAGCCUCUCGCGUCUCUUUCACCUCUGCCUCCAAAUACGCAGAGGGCAGAGGUGCAGGAGAAGAUGAAAGAGACAGAGAAGCAAGAGAGCAAGCAUCAGACUUGAUGAAUAAAGCUAAAGAGAAAGCGAGUGAAAGUAUGGAGGACACCAAAGAUUACGCUCGAGGAACCAAGGAGAAAGCCAAAGGGUACGCGCAGGAGACACAGGAGAAAGCUAAAGGGUAUGCGGAGGAGACGAAGGAGAAAGCGAAAGAGUACGCAGACUCGACGAAAGAGAAGGCAAAGGAAGGGAGCCAGAAAGCGGCGGACACGGCGCACCAAGUCAAGGAAAGAGCAGAGGAGGGUGCGCACAGUGUGAAGGAGAAGGCGGCAGAGACGGCUCAUAGCGUGGGGGAGAAAGCGAAGCAGACGGUGCAAGGAGCGUGGGAAUCGGCGAAGGACACGGCGCGGAAGAUCACGGAGACUGUUGUGGGGCCGCCGGAGGAGGAUACGACAACGGGAGAAGACGUUACUGACUUGAGGAGGCGGCAAGGAGAGAAAUUAAAAGAUGACAAGCAUAGAAAUGAGAAGAAGACUUGAAGAAGGAUUUGAGUAUGUGGGUUUUUGUUUUUUUAAAGUAAAUGAGAAAUAAUUAGGUAAUGAUGGGGGUGAG